AUGAAUAUCACCAGCCUUCAAGCUACCGGCCUAGACCAAAACUUCAGCCCUCUCAUGCCCAGCAAUCCAAGCACCCGGCCUGACGAGAAGGCCGUGGAGGCGUGCAGACCGAUCCGCAACGUGGACUGGCGUGAGGAUCCACAGCCCGUUGAGAAUUUUCACCAACGCCUAGUUGCCCAUUGGCAGCGCUGCAUCGUCAACUACGCCGGUGAAAAGAUGCAGUCAGGAGGUGGCUGUAUGAACUGGGUCUUCUACAACAAAGCCCAUUACUGCAGUCUUCGGGAGCGCGACGAACAGGACAGAUUCACCGGAAACUUCACUGAGCAGUGGGCCACGGACUAUCUUGCUACCCAGACUUCACCUCACAGCGAGAUCAGCGUCGACAAGGAGAACGCGGAUAGCACGAGCGAUGCUGGGGGUCCAGAUACCACCGCGGAACUCUGUGCUCGCUUGAAGAGUGAGAACCCGUUUCCUUCCGCACCGGAUGGCAGCCCAGGGUGGAAUCAGGACUUAUACAGGUCCCCCCUUUUCCUGCCUGAUGGUCUUGAUGCAGAAAGCAGCCUACAGGAGAUGCUGCGAACUGAUGCAAAUUCAUGA